GGCCGGGCGGCUGUAAACACUGCAGUUUGUGUCCCUGAGCUGCUGGGGGAUGGAUGAUAGCCUGGUUCUCGCGUUGGGAGGCCUGAGCCUCCAGCCUCGAGCGCAAGGCAGGGAGCCUCCUCGCAGGCGCCGCUUCACCAAAAGUCUUUACUUGCUACGAGGUCUGCCCGGCUCCGGGAAAACUACCUUGGCCAGGCAACUGAAACGUGAAUUUCCCAGUGCAGUGAUUUUCAGCACUGAUGACUACUAUUUCACAGAGGAUGGCACGUACAUAUUUGAUCCUGAUUGCCUGGAAGAUGCACACAAGUGGAACCAGAAAAGAGCACGUAAAGCAAUGAAGAAUGGGAAAUCCCCCGUUAUUAUUGAUAAUACCAACAUCCACGCUUGGGAAAUGAAGCCAUAUGUGAUAAUGGCACUUGAAAACAACUAUGAAGUUAUAUUUCGAGAGCCAGAUACACGCUGGAAAUUCAACGUUAAUGAACUAGUGAGACAUAAUAGCCAUGGUGUUCCAAGAGAAAAGAUACAACGGAUGAAAGAACAGUAUGAACAUGAUGUUACCUUUCACAUUGUGCUUCAUUGCGAAGAACCAGCUAGACAUGCCAACAGGCAUUCGCAACACUGGAGACUUUUCUAAUCCAAGUCCAGCAUUCUCCAACAGACGAGCUCACACCCACUCCACAAAUGAAAGAUCAUUUAGUAGGAGAAGUAAUUUCCAUAGGGCCUUUUAGU